AUGGCUCUCGGCAAGAGCCCCUACCCCAAGACUACGGUCAAGAAGAUUGUCAAGGCGCACUCGGGCCUCAACAUCAAGAAAAACGCCGACGUCACCAUCUUCCUCGACUACGUUUUGUUCAUGGACAAGCUGGUCAAAGAGGCUGCGAUUCACUCCAAGCAGGAUGGCGAGAGGGGCUUGACUGCCAGAGGCGUGAGGAAGGCCGCCAGAGAUGCUCUGGCCAAGUUCAAGGGCUGA